AUGGUAUCAGCAGAAUUUGAAGAAAAAGCAAACACCGUGUCCAAUUUGGCCAAAAGACCUAAUGAUGAUGAAUUGUUGAAGCUCUACGGUCUCUACAAACAAGCUACUGUUGGUGACAACACUACAGACAAGCCAGGUACCUUUGAUUUCAAAGGCAAGUACAAAUGGCAAAGUUGGAAAGACUUGGAAGGAACACCACAAGAAGAGGCAGAAAAGAAGUACAUUGAAUACGCAGUGGAAUUGAUCAACAAGUACAACAAUUAA